AUGACUGUGCCACUGGACGCUACGGUGCUGCCCCCCACCGGCGAGGUGCCAACUACCGCCAAGCCGGCCGUCGAGCCGCUCCACGCCGUGACCCCGCUCAUCUACUCGCAGCGGCUCAGCACCGCCACAGGGCACCACAUCUGGCUGAAGCUCGACUGUGACCAGCCUUCGGGCUCGUUCAAGAUCCGCGGCGUGGGCAAGAUCUGCCAGUCGGCGAUCGCGCGGUAUGGCUCGGCGACGCACAUCGUAACGUCUUCGGGCGGCAAUGCUGGUCUGGCUGCAGCGCAUGCUGCUAGUAGCGCCGGCGUGGCGAGUACGAUCUAUGUGCCCGCGUCGACCGAGGCCGAGGUUGUGGCGAAGCUGCGCAGCCUCGGCGCGCAUGUGGUGGUGGGCGGCGAUUCGUGGGACCAGGCGGAUGCAGCGGCACGAAAGCUGGUGGAUGAAACGCAGGGUGCGGUGUACGUGCAUCCGUUUGUGGGCGAAGAGCUGGUGGCGGGACACUCGGGACUCGUCGAUGAGGUGUACGACCAACUGCACGCUCAGGGCGCGGGGGAGCUGGAUGCCAUCGUGUGCUCGGUUGGCGGCGGCGGAUUGCUGCGCGGCAUCAUGCAGGGUGCAACCCGCCAUGCUUGCGCCAAACCGGCUCUUGUCGCGGUACAGAACUUCGGCGUGAAUUCGUUCAACCGCUCGCUCGAUGAGCAUCGCGCGGCGGGGGAGACGGCGCUGCCCGAGGAUGUGGUGACGCUCCCUGCGAUCGAGAGCAAGUGCACUUCGAUGGGCACCAAGCGCUGCUCGCUCGAAACGGUGCAUGAUGCCAUCCGGUACGAAGGCGACGUAACCACGCUCACAGUCACAGACGAUCUAUCGGCGUCGGCAUGCUGGCAGUUCUCGGCCACGUCGGCUGAGCUCGAGGUCGAUGGCCGCACGCGUCUCGUUGAGCUCAGCUGCGCAUCGGCACUCACCCCUGUCUUCCACACAUGGAUCCUCGACGCCCUCAUCGCGCGCACCCCUAACCUCGCACGCAAACACGCCGCCGGCAGCAAGCUCAACCUGGUCUUCGAGGUGUGUGGCGGCAGCAAGGUGAAUGCGGACCUGCUUGCUUCCUACAAAUCCUCCGCUGGCACCAUGGACCACCGAGACCGCAUCCGCAUCAACGGCCAGGACAUCCCGCCAUCCUCCUAG